UUUCCAUAACAGAAAAUAUCAUUAAUAUAGAAACUAGGCUGGUUAUAAGUGAAACAAUGAACUGUAUUAGAUUAAAGACCACAAUCAUUAGGAACCCAACAGAAAGAUAACUUCCGAUUAUCUUGAUACUGAAAUAAAACUUACUGAUAUUUAUCCUUCUCAAAGUUUCUCGUUCACUAAAUUCUGGAUUUCUUUGUCAGGACAUAAACGUUUCAGUCGUAACCAUAGCUUACUUCUUGAAUUGCGAAAACCAUACCACCAUCUUGGGCUAUUUCUUAGAUGACAGACGGAGCAUUUUUACAAUCGGCAAAAGACUUUUUUGCUGGUGCAACUGGAGGUAUAGCACAAGUUUUAGUCGGUCAACCUUUUGAUUGUGUAAAAGUUCGUCUUCAGUCUCAAAGCUUUGGCUCUCCACUGUACGAUAAUGCUAUAGAUUGUGUCAAAAAGAUAUCCAAAAAUGAAGGUCUUGGGGCAUUUUAUAAAGGUACCGUGACGCCGCUCUUAGGAAUUGGAUUUUGUGUUUCCAUCCAAUUCGCUACAUAUGAGUAUACCAAACGAUUUUUCAGUCGUAAUGGAAAUCCCAUGUCGGUACCUCAGUUUUAUACUGCCGGUGCCAUCUCUGGAUUGGCCAAUUCGCUCUUAGUGGGUCCUGUCGAGCAUAUUCGUAUUCGUCUUCAAAUCCAGACGGACGCCAAUAAGUUGUAUAGUGGACCAUUGGAUUGUAUCAGGAAAAUCUCUUCUCAAUAUGGAAUAAAAGGAAUUAUGAAAGGGUUUAUUCCUACUGCCCUUCGUGAAGGUCAUGGUUCAGGUGUAUAUUUUCUGACUUAUGAAACGUUGAUAAAGCGUAGCAUGGAAAAGCAUCAAUUGAAGGACCGUUCUCAAAUUCCAGGUUGGAAACUAUGUGUUUUUGGUGCAGCAUGUGGAUACUCGAUGUGGAUAUUAGCCUAUCCUUUCGACAUUGUCAAGUCUAAAAUACAGACUGACGGCUUCUCAUCGAAAGCUAUUUAUAAAAAUGCCUGGCAAUGUGCUCAAGGAAUCUAUUCAACCUCCGGUAUGAAGGGGUUUUAUAGAGGCUUCAUUCCAGUUAUUGUACGUGCAGCUCCCGUGAAUGCUGCUACAUUUUAUGUUUAUGAAACCGUGUCGCAAAGUGUCCGACAUCUUUAAGGAAAUUCCAUUCCAUAUUUAACUAUAAUCAUUAAUACCUCCUCUCCUUUCAAAUAGAAUAGGAUAAUUAGUUUUUUUUUUCAUUAAGUUCAGUAUGUUGUAAAUACAAUAUGUUUUCUUGGCUGUUAGGUCAAAAAC